CGCUCUGCACGCACUCCCAACUGUACAUGUCGUCCAUCUUCGUCCCCACCGGCAAAGCUUCGGCCAGUAUCCACCGCUACCAUUUGGAAUUAGUCAGCCCUCGAGGGGAUUGAUAAGAUGGACCCAAUUUCAGUUCUCACUUCUCUCGUGCUCUUAUCAACGCCUCUCCGCCUACUCUUUCCCAAUCCCAGCGGCAACCACACUCGGCGCUUGAUUGGAAUUCGCACUCAGCUCAAUUCCGGUCGUAUCAGCUUGCUGGACGACUUCCUUUUCUCUUUGUUUCCAUUCAUCUCCACUCGUUCUCAGUACUCCCCCAAACUAGACUCUAGGACCAGAACGUCCAUACAAUCUACUAGUCCAUUAUGUCUCUCGAGAAACAACAGUACUUGCAGCACGAAGAGCAGACGAUGAACAAGGCCAUCGACCUCUCACAUCACCUCUCUGAUCUUGCCAACGCGAGACAGAUCAGUCCGUUGAAGGGACUGCAGAAGUUCAUCAAGCCAGAUGCUAUCCAAUUCGCUGGAGGUCUCCCCAACACCGCCUACUUCCCGUUCUCCACACUCUCCUCCGAGUCCCUCGUCUCCGACUCCUUCCCUCUUGACGCCUCUUCCUAUUCGUCCUCAUCCGACGCUUCUUCCCUUCUCGCUCCCUCCACCAACUGGUUCUGGCGCCUCUUUGGCUCCGCCGAAACUACUGAGAAGAUAACGAUCCCGAAAGCACCCUCACCUUCCGACCACGGCCUUAACCUCUCCGUCGCCCUUCAAUAUGGCCCGGCGACCGGCCUCGUACCCCUCCAACAAUUCGUCCAGAACUUCUCCGCAUCCGUCUACAAGCCUGCCUACUCCGACUUCACCACCCUCGUGCACACGGGCAACACCGACGGCUGGGGCCGCGUCGUCGCCACCCUUUUGAACCCGAAUAGGGGCGAGUGGAAGGAUGGGGACAAGAUUUUGGCGGAGGAGUGGACUUAUCCGAGUGCGCUUGCGAGUGCGAAGCCGUUUGGGAUAGGAGUCGUGCCGGUUGGGAUGGAUAGUGAGGGGAUGAGUGUGGAGAGUUUGAAGGCGAUUUUGGACGGAUGGGAUAUGGAGAAGGAUGGGAAGAAGCCGAGGGUGAUGUAUACGGUUCCGGUUGGGCAGAAUCCUAGUGGUGCUACUAUGGGCCUCCAGAGGAAGAAGGAGAUCUAUGAUGUCUGCUGCGAGCACGAUAUCAUCAUCUGCGAGGAUGACCCCUACUUUUUCCUCCAGCUCGGAGAGUACGUCCCCAAAUCGCUCCGAAAGCAUCAGGCUGGACACUCCGAUGCGGACCAGGAUGAUGCUCAUUUCUUGGCGGCAUUGAGUCCUAGUUACUUGAGGGUCGACACCCAAGGCCGCGUCAUUCGUCUCGACACCUUCUCCAAGACGAUCGCACCCGGCUCCCGUCUCGGUUGGUUCACUUGUAACCCAAUGUUUGCGGAGAGACUCGAGAGACAGGGCGAGACAAGCACGCAAUCGCCGUGCGGCGUGGGUCAGAGCUUGAUCACGAAGUUGUUGUUGAACUGGAAGUACGAAGGGUUCAUUCGGUGGUUGAGAGGAUUGAAGAUGCAAUACACACUCCGCCGGGACCUCUUCCUCGACAUUCUCAGCGAAGAAUUCGACCUCUCUACAUCCAUCGGGACGUCGUCCAUGGGCGCCUGGUCGGGAUGCACCGUCUACACCGCAUACGCUAAACCCAAGACUUCCAUGUUCGGAAGCGUCAUGAUGAGCGAGAAGGUGCAGAGGACGAGGCUGUUGAGCUUCGUGGCGCCGAGCAGCGGGAUGUUCGUCUGGGUCAAGCUUCACUUUGACGCCAUCCCCAAACCUGCCCCCGGCGAUCUGGAGACCACAGAGAUUAAGCUGUGGACGAAACUCGCACAGGCGGGUGUCCUCGCUGCGCCAGGCUGGUUCUUCGCGGCAGACACGGCAGAUAUGCCGAAGGACCCGAAUGAGGAGGGACAUAUGAGGAUGAGCUUCUCCAAUGCGGGCCCUGAGGAGAUGAAGAAGGGCCUGAAGAUCUUCGCGGAGACGAUGAAGGCGUUCCACGGGCUCUAGAUUGGGGCUUGAUGCCCUCCGAACAAUAACACCCUCCUUUUCCAAGUCGAAGUCUCCUCGCCGUCUGCCAGCCCGUCUGAACCUCUUGGACAGACGCAGAUACUUGAUCCGUCCCUUAGCCUCACCGAUUCGGUUGUUAACGUACGUGGUAGAUCGGAGGGCGGACCUGGGUUAUAACUACCUCUUUUUCGCCUGGAUCACUUAUUUAACGAAGUUUACAUCGUGGCACUGCUACACAGACUACACCCCACACCCCACACCCCACACCCUACACACCUACAUCUCUACACUUCUACUCCU